AUGUCUUCGCAGCAGCCCGCGCGCCCGCGUCGCAUCGAAGAUGCCCUUUCUCAACUUGUCGAUUCCCUAACUCCACCUAUUUCCCUCUCAGAGAUCGGCGAUACCGUCUCCGAAGACGCAGAUGAGCUGCUUGCCGAAGCAGAAGAACGCCGACACCAGGAGAACCUCGAGCGUGCAUGGCGCAUCAUCGACACAUACGCCAGCUCCGGAAAUGAUCAUGCCUCGCCAGCUGACGGCGCGGGCCUGGGCAUCAGUCGCAGAGGCAGUUUAGCAGGAGGGGAGAACAUCAAUAACGCGUCGGACCUUAUCAAGCGGAAGCUCCUCCGGGAGAAUGCGAGCCCGGAUAAAGCUGUGCGGUUUUCGAACUUGUAUUCGCGCUUGCUGACGCAGCCGGUUCUGUCGCAGAAAUGGGCGAUCCUGUACUUGCUGUAUCGGCUGUCGGGCUCGGAUCUCCAGGUUGAGGUUGCGGAUGAGAAUGGGAGAAGUCGGAGUCCGCUUAUGGAUGCGGGGAAUCUGCAGAAUAUGAUGUUGAAGGGUGGCCAUCAGAGAGUACGACAUGGCCUGGGGCCGAGAUUGGAGGGGGACUCGGACGAGGAUAGCCCGGCUGUCAGUUCCUCUGCUUCGCAGAUUCCAGCCAAGAUGGACCGGAAGGCCUCCAUGCGGCGGCAGGAGUGGGAAAGGGAAAAGGAUGUCGACCAGGAGCACGGACAUGCCACAGCUGACAGGGUUAAAGGAGGUCGAAUGGCUCGCGGCGCACACGAUGCUGCGCCUAGAGAGAACCGCCCCGUGGACGAUCAGAAGGCAUCGUUUCAAACCCAGUCCUUUUCAGAUAACUUCGAAAAGCGGCCUCAUGAGAGCGGACUUUUACGUGAUUUACCCUACAACUUGCAAGGAUUGUCGUCUUCCAAUUUGGACUUCUCGUCAUCUACCGUUCUAAAACUACCGCCGACUCUCCCCAUACCCGUCUUGUCUCUUUUGAACACCUUGGCGGAGCCGUGUCUGCUAUAUAAAGGUCUGUCAAAAUAUGUGGAGGAUUCUGGAGGUGGCUUGCUCACCCAGAGCUUGCGGGCUGCUCUUUCAAACGAGCUCCGUUCCUACCUGGGUCUUGUAGCAACCUUGGAAGGGGAGAUUCGACGGGCGCUGGCCGCUAGCGGAGACCCCUAUCAGUCGAAGGAAUCGUCCAAAGGUUUCUCAACGUCUCAUGGAGACCCUUUUGUUAACAGCUUUGCGGAGAAACUGCUCUCACACGUUACACGCCCGUUUUACGAUAUGCUGCGACUGUGGAUCUAUGAUGGUGAGCUUUCAGAUCCGUACCAGGAAUUUUUUGUCGUGGAACCGGAAUUCAGACCCAACACGGACCCACGACGGCUUGCGACCAGUGUCUGGGAAGACAAGUAUAAACUGGAUGACGAGAUGGUACCGUCAAUCAUCACGCAGGACUUUGCGAAGAAAGUCUUUCUUAUCGGCAAAUCUUUGAACUUCAUCAGAUACGGAUGCGGGGACUCUGGAUGGGUUGAGGCCUACUCUAAAGAAGCGUCCAAAGAGUUGCACUACGGUGAUACGGCUAGCCUCGAGGCAUCGAUCGAUGAAGCCUACAAAACCACUAUGGCGCGACUCAUCCACCUCAUGGACGAAAAGUUCAAGCUGUUCGACCACUUGCAUGCGCUCAAGAAGUAUCUGCUACUGGGCCAGGGCGACUUCAUCGCCUUGCUUAUGGAAUCCUUGGCAUCGAACCUCGAUCGGCCUGCCAAUUCACAAUAUAGGCAUACUCUCACCGCGCAGCUGGAGCAUGCCAUUCGUGCUUCCAACGCGCAAUACGAUCCGCCCGACGUUCUCCGCCGUCUGGAUGCCCGUAUGUUGGAACUCAGUCACGGCGAGAUAGGAUGGGACUGCUUUACUCUCGAAUACAAGAUAGAUGCGCCUGUUGACGUUGUUAUCACGCCCUGGGGCUCGACUCAAUAUCUGAAAGUGUUUAAUUUCCUAUGGCGAGUUAAGCGCGUCGAAUUUGCCCUGGGCAGCACUUGGCGGCGGUGUAUGACCGGCGCUCGCGGAGUCUUAGGAAGCGUCAGCGACAAAGUCGGAGCUGACUGGAAACGGGCGAGGUGCGUCAUCGCGGAAAUGAUUCAUUUUGUUUGCCAGCUCCAGUACUACAUCCUCUUUGAGGUCAUCGAGGCCAGUUGGGAUCAAUUGCAGGCAGACAUCUCCAAACCAGGGUGUACGCUUGAUGAUUUAAUUGAAGCACAUACCAAAUAUCUCAACUCUAUCACGCACAAGGGUCUGUUGGGCUCGACAUCCUCAUCCCGCACCGCAUCUGGCCACAAACAAGAAGAGGGCUUCUUGACCCAGCUCCAUCAAAUAUUGAAGAUCAUGCUGGCGUACAAAGAUGCCGUUGAUGGACUCUAUUCAUUUUCCGUGGCAGAGUUUACCCGAAGACAAGAGCUAAGUGCUAAAAUAGAAACGCGCACUGCUCAGGGACGCUGGGGUAUUACUGAGCGCGAUCUCCUAUCUUCCCGGCAUCCACAAGGACAUAAGAUCUCAAUACCAUCAUUCCCCCCCUCGAUUGCCCAAACUCCAACUGUCGGAGUCGAUGGCGACGGGUUCGAUACCCCGGGAUCUCUCGCCGGCCAAGAGCUUUCUGCUGACGACCACAUGCUGGCAUCCCUUCGCACACGUCUGCGCGAGCUCUCUGCAGAGUUCCGCUCCAGGCUGAAUGUGCUACUGGGCGAUCUAGCCUACCAACCCGAUGUCGACAUGCGCUUCCUUGGAGUCGUCAUGAACUUCAACGAUGUCUACGAACCAGUCCGGAGAAGGAGGACGGCAACAACCAGCACCAAGGACAAGGAGCGGGCAAGGCGAAAGACUGCAGCAUCUAUCGCGCCUGGAGGCAACGGCGAGGCCGGAUCCCAAAAGGAAGCCAGAAGGGAAAGGAAGGAUACCUCGGGAGCCGAGCAUAGCGGUAAUGGAAGUGGAACCGGGCCAUGA